AUGCUACAGAGCUUGGGUUUGGAAACAACAUUUGGUUCGACACGCACCACUGGAAGUCAUGGUCUUGAUCCUCAACAUGCUACUUUCCAUGAUCAAGGAGGUGGUCCAGCUACCUUUCAACAGGAUCAAGCCAACAUGGAGUUGGCCUUUUUGGAUCACGUUUGUGCCAGUACUCAAUAUUUCAGCUCCUUGUUGUCAGAGCUACAACGUAUUCAACAACAAAAGUAUGAAAGUAUGAAAGCGUUUGGUCCUCGAUUGGCGACUUUGUUGAGACGUAUCGAUCCACAGCUCUCAGAACCCAUGCGUCUUUAUUUCUUGUUGACCAAAGCACAAUCCUCAAUUGUUCAUGAGAUUCGAAAGCAGCCGAUCAAUGAUUUCUCUUCGGCAAUUGAGUAUGGCAUACGUAUUGAAGAAAUGCCUGGAUUUGGUGUUGGUCACGUGUCAGCAAUCGUUCCUUUGCCCCCAUCUACAACAUCAGCAGCCACCCAACCUUCCGCUUUAACAGGUUCCAGUAACGACCCAAUGGAUGUCGAUCCCCAACAAUCAGCACAAAGGUUCAAGCGUGGUGGCAAGGAUUCCUAUCGUAAUCACAAGACCAGGGGAAAGGGCAAGGUCAAGCGUUGUUUUCGCUGUGAUGAAAUCGGCCACUUUGCCAAGCAUUGUAAGACCAAUCAACAAGGUGCACAAGUAGUGGCUGAUGCAUUCGAAACAUCCUUGUUCGAUUCGUUGACCACGCCAUAUGCCUCGCAAAAUACUCAAAACACGUAUAAUGCACAAAUGGGAACGAGACGUGAAUUUGUGGUCAAAGCCGAGGUGAUUGGAUCAAACAUGGUGGUCAUGGUCAAGUUGAAUUGUAGCCAUAGCACUAUCCCAUUUUUGCUCUCCUCCUUUUUCUAUUCUCUUGCAGUACCCCUGUUAUCUUUAUUUAAGUCGAUUCCUCCUUUUGUGUUUUGCCCUUGCUUCUUCGUUCACUUUCACUAUUGA